AUGCUGGACAUGAGCGAGGCCCGCGCCCAGCCGCCCUGCAGCCCGUCCGGCACCGCCAGCUCCAUGUCGCACGUGGAGGACUCGGACUCGGACGCGCCACCGUCGCCUGCCGGUUCCGAGGGCCUGGGCCGCGCGGCGGGCGCGGGGGGCGGCGGCCGGGGCGACGCGGCCGAGGCGGCGGACGAACGCUUCCCGGCCUGCAUCCGCGACGCCGUGUCGCAGGUGCUCAAGGGCUAUGACUGGAGCCUGGUGCCCAUGCCGGUGCGCGGGGGCGGCGGCGGCGCGCUGAAGGCCAAGCCUCACGUGAAGCGGCCCAUGAACGCCUUCAUGGUGUGGGCGCAGGCGGCACGCCGCAAGCUGGCCGAUCAGUACCCGCACCUGCACAACGCCGAGCUCAGCAAGACGCUGGGCAAGCUGUGGCGCUUGCUGAGUGAGAGUGAGAAGCGCCCCUUCGUGGAGGAGGCUGAGCGGCUGCGGGUCCAGCACAAGAAGGAUCACCCGGAUUACAAGUACCAGCCACGCCGCAGGAAGAGCGUGAAAACAGGCCAAGGCGACUCUGACUCUGGGGCCGAGCUGGGCCCCCACCCCGGCAGUGCCGUGUACAAGGCCGAUGCAGGCCUUGGUGACCCGCACCACCACAGCGACCACACAGGGCAGACCCACGGGCCACCCACCCCGCCCACCACCCCCAAGACGGACCUGCACCACGGGGGCAAGCCAGAGCUGAAGCUGGAAGGCCGCCGCCUGGCGGACAGCGGGCGCCAAAACAUCGACUUCAGCAACGUGGACAUCUCAGAGCUGAGCAGCGAGGUCAUCGGCAACAUGGACACCUUUGAUGUGCACGAGUUCGACCAGUACCUGCCCCUCAACGGCCACUCGGCCCUGCCCGCGGAGCCGGGCCAGCCCGCCGCUGGCUCCUAUGGGGCUGCCUCCUACUCACACUCGGGGGCGGCCAGCAUUGGGGCAUCCCCCGUGUGGGCCAACAAGGGAGCCCCAUCAGCCUCCGCGUCGCCCACCGAAGCGGGCCCCCCGCGGCCACACAUCAAGACGGAGCAGCUGAGCCCCAGCCACUACGGUGACCAGUCGCACGGUUCUCCAGGCCGUGCCGACUACGGCUCCUACGGCAGCCAGGCCAGCGUCACCACGGCCGCCCCCGCCGCGGCGGCCAGCUCCCUCACCAGCUCGCAGUGCGACUACACCGACCUGCAGGCCCCCGGCUACUACAGCCCGUACCCGGGCUUCCCAUCCAGCCUCUACCAGUGUUCCUACUUCCACCCUUCUCGUCGGCCCUACGCCUCGCCCCUGCUCAGUGGCCUCUCCGUGCCGCCUGCCCACAGCCCGCCUGGCAACUGGGACCAGCCCGUGUACACUACCCUGACCAGGCCCUGAGGGUGCCGUGGCCCGGGGAGGGGGCCAGC